UUACCGUCUCUUCAACAAAACAGUGCUGUGUCUUCCUCACCUAUUCGUCCUCAUAUUCCUCCACCGUCGCCUCCGUCUACGUUUUCUUCCUCCGCCACCGUUGCAUCUGAGCAAUCCAUAUAACUUAUCAAUCAGCACUCUAACUCUUUCUCUAUAUCGCCAAGUUCAGUUCCAACCUUUGGGAGCAAUGAGAAGACCCAAAUCGAAGGACUUUCGGAAGCAACAACGAGUCUCAGAAGAGAACGAGAUAAAAUUGUUGGACUCAUGGAUCCAAAAUCAGCAACCAGAAUCGGGUUCCAACCCUAUAUCGCUUCCUCCUCUCCCCAAAAAUGCCCCUGUUGGGCGCUUCGAUGACAACAGCUUCUCGCGCUAUGCGGGUGUGGCGAGGUUUGAGCAGUUGCCACUCUCCAAGAAAACCAAGGAUGGCUUGCGAGAAGUCAAGUUUGUCACCAUGACCGAUAUUCAGAGGGCUUCUCUUCCUCAUGCACUUUGUGGCCGUGAUAUUCUUGGUGCUGCCAAAACUGGGUCUGGAAAAACCCUUGCUUUCAUUAUCCCGGUGUUGGAAAAAUUACAUAGAGAGAGAUGGGGCCCUGAAGAUGGGGUUGGCAGCAUCAUCAUAUCCCCUACAAGAGAAUUAGCUGGCCAGCUAUUUGAUGUGUUGAAGUCCAUUGGCAAGUACCAUAAUAUUAGUGCUGGCCUGCUUAUUGGUGGUCGCAAGGAUGUUGACAUGGAGAAAGAACGUGUCAAUGAGCUCAACAUAUUGAUCUGCACACCCGGUCGCCUUCUACAACACAUGGAUGAAACUCCCAAUUUUGAUUGUUCACAGAUGCAGAUUUUGGUACUAGAUGAGGCUGAUCGUAUUCUUGACAGUGGAUUCAAGAAGGAACUAAAUGCAAUCAUCUCUCAACUACCAAAGCGUAGACAAACCUUGCUUUUCUCAGCAACUCAAACGAAGUCAAUUCAAGAUCUUGCAAGACUUAGUUUGAAGGAUCCAGAGUAUCUGAGCGUACAUGAAGAGUCUGUGACUGCCACUCCUACUCUAUUGAAGCAAAUUGUGAUGAUUGUUCCUCUGGAUCAAAAGUUAGACAUGCUGUGGAGUUUCAUAAAGACACAUCUUCAGUCAAAAACACUUGUCUUUCUUUCUAGCUGUAAACAGGUAAAAUUCGUCUUUGAAGCAUUUAAGAAACUGCACCCUGGCAUACCGUUGAAGUGCCUUCAUGGGAGGAUGAAACAGGAAAGAAGAAUGGCUAUAUAUUCAGAGUUUUGUGAGAAGCGCUCGGUUCUCUUCUCAACUGAUGUGGCUGCAAGAGGCCUUGAUUUUAAUAAGGCUGUUGACUGGGUUGUUCAGGUGGAUUGUCCUGAAAAUGUAGCAUCUUACAUACAUAGAGUUGGCCGUACUGCUCGUUAUAAAUCUGGUGGAAAGUCAGUUUUAUUUCUAUUGCCUUCAGAAAUUCAAAUGCUUGAAAAGUUAAAAGCAGCAAAGGUUCCAGUGCAUUUUAACAAGCCAAGGAAAGAACUGGUGCAACCAGUUUCUGGUUUGAUGGCAUCUUUAUUGGUCAAGUACCCAGACCUCAAGCAUUGGGCUCAAAGGGCUUUCGUCACAUAUUUGAAAUCCAUCCAUAUCCAAAAGGAUAAAGAGAUCUUUGAUGUCAUGAAACUACCUAUUGAUGAGUAUUCAGCAUCAUUAGGUUUGCCAAUGACCCCCAAAAUCCGUUUUCUAAACCAGAAAAUUAAAUCUAAAGCUGUCUCAACAAAAUCAAUUCUAGUUGAGCCAGAAGAUUCAAACAUGGAAAAGGUUUUGGAGGUUUCUAGAAAGAAGCUAGACACAACUGUUUUCAACAAUGAGGAAACUGAAAAUGAUCUUCUUCAGGCAGCUGAUACCUCAACUGAAGGCGAAAUGAAGUCAUCUGAAAAUGGAGAAAUAAUACCAGCAACUCGGGUAUUGAAGAAAAAGAAGCUCAAGAUUAAUGUACAUAGACCACUGGGGACUAGGGUUGUAUUUGAUGAUGAAGGCAACACACUUCCUCCGUUAGCCAGGAUUGCUGAAACACAAAGUGGCCAGGAAACAUCGCUGCUUGACUUAGAACAAAAAGCUGAAUACUAUAGAAGGAUGCGAGAGGAUUUGAAGAAGGCAGAUAAGGAAGACAAGCUUGUAGAGCGUCAACGACGUAGAGAAAAAAGAAUCAAGCAGAAGAUGAAGUUGAAGGCAGGAGAUGACCAAGUUGAUAUUUCUGGUUCAGAAGAAGACGAGACAGUAGAUAGACGGCAUAAAAAGAGGAAAGUAUACUUUGAUAGUGACAGCGACAAUGAUGAGGGUAAAAGAAAUGAAAUCACGGGGAAUGCAGGUGCUAGUGCUGGCUCCAUUACUUUGGAGGAGCAAGAAGCUCUAGCUUUGAAAUUGUUAAAUUCAAUGCACUCGUAGGAUAGGCAUACCGAAGGUGCACUCGUAGGAUAUACAGUGAGGUUACAUUACAUAUAAACGGCAAAAACAUGUAAAAAUUGAGUAGUUUUCUGAAACUUCUAAGUUUAAAGAUCAAUGGAUU